AUGAGCACCGUGAUGGCGGAGACGCUGAGCGAGCUUAUGAAUCUCCCGGAGACGAUCGAGAAAUACGUCCUCUCCUCCGCCGCGCGCCCGACCAACGGAGACCACCCGCGCCGUGUCGGAUCCGGCGCCGCCGUUUUCCCGGCGGACAUUGUGGACGCGCCCGGGGAGUAUACUUUCUAUAUGGACGUCCCGGGCCUCUCCAAGUCGGAUAUUCAGGUGGCCGUUGAAGAAGAGAAUACAUUGGUGAUAAGGAGCAACGGGAAGAGAAAGAGGGAAGACGGAGAAGAAGAAGGGUGCAAGUACAUAAGGCUCGAGAGGCGGCCGGUCCAGAAGGUGACUAGGAAAUUCAGGCUGCCGGAAAAUGCUGACGUGUCGGCAAUCACCGCCAGAUGCGAGAAUGGGGUGCUGACGGUGGUGGUCAAGAAGCUGCCGCCGCCACCUAAGCCCAAGAAGGUGGAGGUCACCAUUUCUUGA